AUGAACAAUUAUGACUUGGUUAUUAUUGGAGCUGGUCCUACGGCGUUUGGUGCUCUUCAAAGGUUUGAAGAACUAAAGAAAACUGGGCUUAUCAGUGUAGGUUUAACAACAUUUUAUAACCACAGAUACCAAGCGCUUCUAGGAUGUUCAUGUAAUUCUGUGCCCGUUCUCAAAGCAAAUUUUCAUGACUAGCUGGUGCAGAAUUAUUUGAACGACCUAAUAUUUUAAUGAGCAGUCUAAAUUCGUAGCUUUCAAACUUUUGGUCUACUCUUUCAUUUACAAUUGUUGAUACUUUCUAAAUUCAAACUUUCAGAAAGCAUCCCGAGUAUUAGUGAUAGAACGGGAAGACGAGCCAGGUGGAUUGGCAAGAACAGUCCAAGAUGAAAAUGGAUUUUUAUGGGAUUUGGGAGUUCAUGUAACUGGCGCUUCUCGAUUUACAGCGUUCUUAAACACAAUCGACUCAGUUAUCGAGGAUUGGAACAUUCUUCCCAGGCAUGUUAGGGUAGGCUUUUCUUUAAAACUUUAGUAUUUUUAAAAUUGCUAAAAUUUUCCUCUUGAUUUUCAUGAUUAUCAGCGUGUGUUUAAGCCAGUAAGAACGUAUCCUUUAUGUACAAUAUGCAAAAAGAAUUCUGAAACCCUAUCUCUAAACGUAACAUAGGCUAUGUCUAUAUCUAAGCCUUGCACCACGGACUGAAACCAAAUUUUAGGCAGACAUCAGCCAUCUUGUGAAGAAUCCAAAAACACCAGCUGACAACUAUGCGCCAUACCCAGUCCAGAACUACAUAAACUAUUUCCCAAAAGAACUCAUGGAGCAGUGUAUAAAAGAGCUGGAGGCGGCUGAAUUGGCUAAAGAUUGUAAGUUAUUCAUAAUUUUAUUUUACUUAUUAGGUUGUACAAAUAAUUCUGUGCCCCCCUGAAUAUUUGCUUUUAUAGGGUGCACAGAAUUAAUUGAGCAACCUAAUAUUUAUCGCUUUAUCUAUUUUUUCAUAAAUUUUAGGUAAAAUACGCAUCUGCAACUGCUACUAUAAAAACAAUACUUUUUAAAUUUAAAAACCUAAAAAAAUCACCAUUUUCUAAAAAUAUAAAACACCCCUCGUUCCAGCCUCCACCCACGCCUUCGACAAUUUUGGUACGUUCAGCCUUAACCAUUUCGGCCGCACCCUGCAGGACGUGUUCAUUCGGCCGUACAACGAAAAGUAA